GUACAGGUGGAAAUUUCGGCAAUCAACAACAAACCACACCUUUAUUUGGAGGAAAUACAUCAACACCACCAUUUGGAGGAGGUUUUGGAGCUGGAAGCUCUACAAACACAACAACAAGUGGUUUUGGUGGUGGUGGGGGGUUUGGUACACCUUCUGCAAAUACAUCAACAGGGUUCACUUUUGGAGGCGGUGCAACAACACCUUCAACAAAUCUAUUUGGCGGCUCAACAGGUUUCGGUACCGGGAAUGCAUUAGCUACAACAUCAUCAAAUCCCCUUUCAUAUCUUCCAGCAAGUGGCACUUCAAAUCCACCGUAUACUACUACCAACGAAAGGGAUCCUGCUGGACCAUUGAAUGUUUUUCAUAGCAUUAGUGCUAUGCAAAGUUAUAAAAAUUAUUCAUUUGAGGAAUUAAGGCUUGCUGAUUAUAAUAUAGGCCGAAAAUUUGAUGCUCAACGAAGUGGUUUUGGUAUAGGUCCUGGAAAUACAUCUGCAUUUGGUGCUCCAACAACUCAACCAACUGUUUUUGGUGGUUCUAGUUCAACAACAGGAUUUGGUGGUUCAACAACAGGAUUUGGUGUACAAAAUACUGGUUCAUCGACUUUUAGCUUUGGUGCUCAACCAGCUGCUCCUAGUACACUUGGUGGAUUUGGUACCGGAAACACUCCUUCUACAAAUAAUUUAUUUGGUAGCAAUAAAUUUGGAGUUGGAACGGGUACUACUGGGUUUGGAGCCACAACCCCCACAACUGGAUUUGGUGCUACUGCUCCUGCUGGUGGUACAACUGGAUUUGGAGCUUCUAGCAGUAAUCCUUUUGGCAGUAGUUUAACAACAAAUACGUCACAAGCGCCAUUAUUUGGUGCAAAGCCUCAAACAUCUACUACCACGUCUGCAUUUGGAUCAACAAAUACUGGAUUUGGCUCGUUGAAUACUCAAAAUCAAAAUACAUCUUCAUUUGGAUUUGGUGGAAGUAAACCUGCUGCUACUGGUGGUUUUGGUACUAGUACUACUACACCUACUUUUGGCGCAGGAUUUGGUGGUUCUACAGCUACUAACACAACAGUUACCACUCCAUCUACUUUAAAUUUGGGAUUUGGAGCUGCUACAAAACCAACUACUGCAUUUGGAUUUAAUACAAGUGGUACUAAUAGUUUAGGAGCUUUUGGAAAUACUCCUGCUACCAAUACGAGCACUUCAUUAUUUAGCAAUAUCAAUCCAAUUGCUACUUCAACUGCAACUAAUACUACUGGCUUUCCUUCAUUAAAAUUACCUAGUACAACUAAUACUAGUUUUGGAAUUGGAUCUGGUUUGAGUACAAUGCAAUCCCAACAACCUACUAAUACUAAUAGUUUAGGUUUAAGCGGCUUUGGAUUUGGCUCCGGUACUAGCGGUAGUGUUGGUAAUACCAGCUCUUUGUUUGGUCAACAAAAUCAAAUCCCUAAUCUUCAAACAACUGUUGAUAAAUCACCUUAUGGCGACAUUUCUAUUUAUCAAGGCACCACUAAUGCUGCUACUGGCGGUGGUGCUUCAUCACUUAGUUCUAUAUCCUCAUCAUCAAUAAGACCUAAUUUAACCCCGACGCCUAUUUCACCAACUGUUAAAAAAAAGGGGCCAACAACAAUUCAUCAUAAAAUAACACCUAAACCUGGUUCAAAAAUGCAAUUACCCGGGUUUAAAGCUCCCCCAUUUAAAGGUUUUUCAGCACCAGAACCAAAAUCUUUUCACUUUUUUGAUCAUAAUAUCAAUCAAGAUGAUGUUUUAAGUCCUGAAGCAUUUGUAAAACGUGGCUCCAGAACAUUGGUUGCUAAUAAAGUUAUCAAUCCUAUAGAAUUAACUAACAACAGCAAGUCUGAUUCAAAUAACAAACAUGACGAAAACAUUCUCAUCAUUCCUCAAACAAAUGGUAAUACAACAAAAACCACAAAAACAGCAAAUACCACGACAUCGACAUCAGCGCUGGCAUCUACAAAUACAACAACGCCAAUAAAAAAAUCGGUAACAUUUGAUGCAAAACUUGAAUCAUCAGCAAAAAUCACACCUCAUUCCUUUAGCCCUACACAUUUCAGACAAGUAACACCUCCACCUGCUAGUAAAUUAAUUCCUGAAAAUCAAGACACGCCUUUAAAUACACCCUCCCGAUCACCUUUGCUAAAGCCUCUACAACCAUCUUUGCAGCAAUCUACAUCUUCAGGGAAAAAUAAGAAUGAUAAUUAUGACGGAUACUAUAGUUUUCCACCAUUAUCUGUUCUUAAAAGAAUGUCAACAGAUGAAUUGAAAAAUGUUGAAAAUUUUUCAGUUGGACGACAUGAUUUUGGUAAAGUUGAAUAUGACGAACCAGUUGAUCUUAGUGAAAUCAAGCCAAUUGAGAAUAUCUAUGGUAAAACUAUUGUCGUUGAAGAUGGUAGUUGUACAGUUUACGGUGGAGAUGCUGAUAAACCUCCAGUGGGAAAAGGCCUUAAUAAAAGAGCUGUUAUUACAUUGAAUAAAUGUUGGGCACUAGAUAAAGCUACUCGUCAGCCAAUCAAAGAUCCAAUAGAUCCUCGAUACCAACAGCGUAUUCUCAGGUUGAAGGAUCGACCUAACACAAAAUUCAUUACUUACGUGCCAGAAACAGGUAGCUGGGUUUUUGAAGUACAACAUUUUACUACUUAUGGCCUUGAGUAUGAAUCUGAUGAUGAUUUGUAUGAAGUAAAGCCUUACCAACCAAUAAAAAGAAAAUCAAAUUAUAUGGAGGGGAUGGAACAUAAUCAAAUAAACAAAAAAGAAAAAAAAGGAUUAUAUCAACUUGAUCAACUUGCAGAAAAUUUAGGAGACAUUGAAUCAAUGAGAAAUAUUAUAUUUUCAACAGUAGAUAAUGAAAUUUCAGACGAUGCUGACUUAGAUAGUGAAAUGAUUGUUGAUUAUGAGCAAGAUAGCUGUAAUACGAGUACUCAAAAAAUUCAUUUGGCAGGUGAAAGUCCAUUAAUUCCUCAUUUUCCAUUCACGCAAAUUGGAUGCCUGCCUUAUCAACAGUCAACUAUUUAUCAAAAAAAUCUUUAUAAAAAAAAUGCUCGUUCAUUAUUGUCUCAUUCUUUCAAAGUUAGUUGGGAUAUUCCAUCAUCGUCGUCAUCAGCUUUCAGCUUUUUAGACAAAAAGAAAAAGAAUCACGAAAGUUCAUCAUCAAAUAAUAAAUUACUAUUUCAACCUAUGAAUAUUGUUAGGAUUAAUGAAGUUUUAUUAUUCCCUAGAGAUGAAAUGAAUGAGGCGAAAGAAAUACACAUCAAACAAUUAGAACAUUUAUUUAACAAUUCAACAUUUGAACAAGCGGAUAACGUACCUUGCGUUGAUUUAAAUCCUUCAAUCAAAUUUUCCAGUUUUUAUGACAUUUUAUCAUCAUCAAAUUAUAAUGAUAGUAACAACAAAAAUAUCACAUCUGUUCGUCAUGAGAUUCAAACAUGGAAUCUUGCACAUAUUUUAUGGGAUAUUGAUGAUGACAAUUUACCCGACAAAUUACUUUUAAAAACAAAAAGACAAUUUUUAUCAAAAUGGUUUGAGCAAGCGGCAGAUCCAUACGUGAAAAGAGAUUUGGUUAAUGAAUUCCCCACCGAUUGUUCUACAGCUGAUGAAUAUUUCCGAUAUAUAUUCAUUCUACUUUCUGGUCAUCAACUUAAACAGGCUACUUUGAAAACAAUAAAAAUUAAUUCUUUUCUUGCAACAUUGUUAUGUCAGGUUGGUGGCUCUCCACAAUUUAGGAAUUAUAUUGGUGAACAAAUUAAAAUUUGGAAAAAAUUCGUAACAAAGACCGAUUAUGAAAAUAACUCUUUGUUAAGGUUAUUUUACUUGAUGCAAGGUGCUUCGAUACCAGAAAGUCUUCCAGAUCAUGUAAAUUUGGGAUGGGUUAGACUACUUGGAAUGUUUUUUUGGUAUGGCUUGUUAAAUAAUCAACCGUUUGAAGUGGCACUUGAUCAAUAUGAAGAGGCACAACAAAAUUCAAUUGAAUUCCAAAGCAAGAUUAUUCCUGAACCAUUAGCGUGGUAUAUUCAAGAUGAUGACAAUGACUCUUGGUCAUCCUUUAAAGAUUCAAGCCGAGUAUUUGAUGCACAAUAUCAUCUAUUAAAAAUAAAUAUUGAUAGUACUUAUACUCUAGAAGAAAGUCUACUUCCAAGAUCAUUUACACGUUCACCAUUGGAUUAUCGUUUAACCUGGAUGUUUCAUGCUAUGUUAGCACGUAUUAAACGUAAACGAGACUUUGUUGAAGGGAGUUACAUGUCAGAUGCAAUGACUUUAAAUUUUGUUUCUCAAAUAGAACAAUUAGGUAUUUGGAAAUGGGCAUUAUAUAUUUCGUUAUUUUUGAAUGAACCACAUACUCGUGAAAAGGCUAUAAAAGAUAUAUUAAAUCGUAAUAUUCCAAAAACAUCAAUGGAUCAACUAUCAAGUAUUGAACAAUUUGCAAUUGAACAUUUAAAAAUUCCAAAAGAAUGGUUUGCAGAAGCCAAGGCCUUGUAUUCCAAAUAUAAUAAUGAUAAAAUAAAAGAAGUCAUGUAUUUACUUGAGGCCAACAAUGAUUUGGAUGUUCAUACAAUAGUUUUAACUGAAUUAGCACCUUCUUAUUUUUUAGAAAAAAAUUAUAAAGAACUUGGAAUAUUGCUUGAAAAAAUUAAAAAGUUUUAUUUAAAUUUUUUAAACAACAUUCUUCCAUAUCUAACCGAAAUGACGGAAAUAAAAGAUUUGGGUGAAAUUGAAAAACGAGAAAUUGAUAAAGAUAUAGUAGAAAAAGUUAAAAAAGAUUGUCAAGAGUUUUUAAAUGACUUGAACACAUUUUUUAAUUUUUUAAGUAACAAUAAAAAGUACGAAAUUAAUAUGUUUGCAAUUAAUUACAUGAAAAAACUGGUCGGAGAUUUUUACGAUAAUAUUAGGGAAUAUCAUAGAUAUUCUUUUAAAUAUUAG